UUAUUAUUAAUUAUAAUAGUGAUAAUAGAAACAACCAUGAUGGUGAUGAUGAUGAUAACGAUGAUAAUAAUGAUAAUAAUAAUGAUAUUAAUAAUGAUAAUGAUAAUGAAGCAAAAGAAGAAAGGAACACACACUUACACUGUUGGUAGAAUCGCGUAGGGUUGAUAAUCUUGUAUAACUUAUUCAUUUAUUGACUAUAUAAUAUACCGUCUAUACCUACCUAUACUACAGAAUACAUGAUAUAAUAUGAUAGCUUUUGGUAACACACGUAUUUCAUCGCUAAUAGGCUGUUUAAAUAGAAACAAAAAAAAAAUCACUCGAUCUGACAAUUAGAACAGAGAAGAAAAACGAAAAGGGUAAAAAAGAAUGUGAAAAUCGGCCUAAUAAAAAAAAUUUAUUAUUAUCAUUGCUAUGUAAUUAUUAUUGUUAUUGUUAUUAUUUAUUAAUCAUUAUUCUACGGAAUCUGUAUCCCGUUUUAUCAAUUUUUUUGUUAUUUAUUAUACCUCGGUUUUGCAGCUUUCUUAAUCAGUUUCAAGUUUUUUACUAUUGUAAGCAAUUAGCAUCAUUUGUCUACGUAACUAUUAUAAUUUCUAAUACAAUUGUUAAUGAUUAAGAAUUUUCUUUAACGGUGAACAACUUACGCUGUGCAAUGUAUAUUAUAAAAGAAUAUUUUUUUUCACGCCGAAAAGAAAACCGAUUCCGUAGAUUUUAACUGGUCAUUAUAUUGUAUACAUGAUACAGUAUGUAUAGGUAUACAUUAUGAUGAUGAAAAAAAUUUGAAAAACCAACAAGAAAAUAGAGAGAGAAAGAAAAAUUUCGUGUAAAACGCCCACCAGGAUAAUCAAUAAUAAUCGUGUUAUUAAACUGCGUUUUUUUAAUAUCAAAGCGAUAAAAUAAAUAAGUAAGCCAUUAUGCACAGCAAGUAGUAAUGUAAGAAAAUAAUAAGAUUAAUGAUACUAAUAAUAUUAUUAAUAAUAAAUAAAUAAAACAAAUAAUAAUUGAUAAAUGAAAUAAUAAGAAUUAAGAUAGCUACUGCUGCUGCUGCUGCGAAAGGCGAUAAAGUGUUUUGAAUAAACUGUUAUAUUACCUGAAAAAAUUUGAAAAAAAAUAUGUUAAUUAGAUCAUUUUAUUCAAAUCCCUAACAUGAAUUGCUUUUCUUUUGUACAGAUGCCGUUGAUCGAUCGAUCGAUUAGUCAGUGACGUUCGCCCUCCUUCCGAUUUUUGACGAUCAUGUAUAAAUAUAUUGCUCUUUUUGUUUCUCGAGUUAAAUGGUCGUCGACGACCUGAAGAUAUUUUCCUCUACUCAAAUCAUGAACAAAAAAGAAAAGAAAAAGUACAAAAGCAAAUCAAAACCAUCCGGUUUUGGUACUCCUAGAAAACGCAGAAGAAGAGGCAAAACCCGUCGUUUGACUAGGAGACGGCAGCGAUCAGCAAGGGUAGCGAUCAAAGCUCAUCAGUUUCCGGUUACGGGAAAUCAGGAGUAUCACUUUCCUGGAGAACUCGAAUCUUCCGUUUCUCUUGACAGCAUAUCGAGCGUUGUUUACUUGGGCACUUUUAGGAAGGUACCUCAACUGAUCGUCCUUGAAGAUAAUGAUAAUAGGGAGCAGAAAAAAGAAGAUGAGGACACUCCAGAGGAGAGCUGAAGAUUGCCACUUUAUAACUGUAACAACCCAUUUCCUUGCAAAACCUGAAAACCUUUUUUUUGGACAGGAUUUUUUCGCUAUAUCUUGGGGAUUUAAGAGAGAAAGGUUUUGAUGAUUUUGAAAAAUUUAUUAAUAUUAUUAUGGAAUUAAAAAGAACUUGUUACAGAACAUAUAAAAAAAAAAUAGGCUACUGACAAUGAGAUAUUC